UAUCCAUGUUUCGUACAUAGGUUUCCAGGUAGGAGAUGUUCCAUGUUGUGGUGGGGCGGCUGGCAAUCAUUGUGGAAUAGAACCCUACGAGUUUUUUAUAUGAAAUAUGGGAACUGUAUGAAAUUGGAUUAAGAAAAAUAGCAAUCCAGAAUGUUGGACCAUUGGGUUGCUAUCCAACAAUUAAAGCAAUGCGCCCUGAAUUGAAUGGUAGCUGUGUAAAGAGCUUCUCAAAGCAUGCAAAUCAACACAACAAAGCUUUAUCUGUUGCCUUGAAAAAGCUGCAGAGCAGGUUACCUGGAUUCAAGUAUUCAAUUGUUUACUAUUAUCACGCUCUUGCUAAUAGAAUAAAGAAUCCAACUAAAUAUGGAGAAGUUAUAUGUUGUGGCAGUGGCUUGGACAAUGGCAGGAAUUGUGGAGGAGGAAGCAAUGGAACACAAACCUACAAUCUUUGUAGCAACCGUAAUGACUAUGUGCUUUUUGGAGGACAUCAUACUCAAAAGACAAACCAACAACUUGCCCAACUAUUUUGGAGUGGAGCACCAAAUGUCAUUGGACCUUAUAACGUUAAGCAAUUCUUUGAAUUUGUUUAGUUCUGAUUAUCUUGUAGCAUAUUGACACUUCUUAGUCUAUGGCUUUUCAUAUUUUGCUAUCAGUGAGUUUUCUGUAUCUAUGACCAUUAGCAGUAAAUUUUAUAAAAAAUUUUGACUUUAUAAAGGCUUCAAAAUUGAGAAAAGUUGCAUGUUGCGGCAGUGGAUUGUAACUGUGCAAAUGACUGGUAUUAUGGAGGAAGAACAAUGGAACACAGCCAUACAAUGUAUGUGGCAGUGGCUCUGCUUUUUGAUGGUGGGCAUCAUAUUCAAAGGGACAAGUCAAAUGUUACUGAACCUUUCUUAGUUCUAACAACUGCAUAACAAAUUACAAGGAUAUGUAGUUGUUAGAAUUUUCUUAGUUCUAAUCUUGUAGCCCAUUGACUGGAGACACUAGUUCACAGAAGCCCAUGAACUGGGAACAAUUUCCCAUCCAAAGAGAACCACCUCUGGCCCAAAGCAGAAUGAUUGCUAAUAACAAGUUGACUUGUAAGUGUACCUAAAAUUCUAUGAUACAUGCUAACA